AUGGAGAUUUGUAAAACCAUAUGCACAAUUGAAGCAAUAGACACUGAUUGGGCAUGGUUUUACUUUGGGUGUGACCGUCACAACAAAAAAGUCAAUAAGCUCGCAAAUCUGAUUAUGAAGAGAAUUGACAAACCAAAGUUUCAUUGUGAAAUUUGUAAUGCUAUUGUGACUCAUGUUUCCCCCAAGUUCAAACUCCAUGUGGUCGUGAAAGAUGACACAGAGACAUGUAGUCUAAUGUUACUAGGCUCUGUUGCAAAAUCCAUUGUUGGUGUGAAAGCUGAUGAUCUAUGGGAUGGUUCUUAUGGAGAGGUUGUAAGCAUUGAAAGUGGUUCUGAGGCAAUUUCGGAAAUGGGAACAACUUCUUCUACAAUGUCAUCUGGUGGUGUGUUGCUGUUGGAUUCAAGUUCAUCUGAAGAUCCUAAAACUCCAUAUUCAAAACGCAAAGAAGAUGAUGCUGAUCUACCGGACCUAACAUCCACUUCCAAGAAACUAUGCACCAAAGUGAUCAAACAGGAAAAGGCGAAAACCGAUUAA